AUGGCAUCUCCUGAGUCUCCAGUCAACGCCUCGCUGUCGCGUUCCACCACGGCGUCCUCUACAGGUUCGACGACUGCAUCGGAGGCACAGGAAGUCAGUCAGCGACCGAGCACCGAUCCUGAAAAACAAGCAGACCAACAGCACUAUCACCACCCCAAGGAAAAGGUCCCUCAUUGGAGAUUGGUUGCCAGUCAAACUCUGAUCACAGAUGCUGUUGCCAACUAUCCAUACCCGGGGUCCGGCACCGAAGAUGAUCCUUUUGUUGUUCAAUUCAUCCCGAACGAUCCGCGAAAUCCCAUGGAGUUCUCACAAGUCAAGAAGUGGUUCAUAACAAUCACAGUCGCCAUUGCCACCCUUGCCGUCGCAUUUGUCUCUUCUGGCUACUCGGGCGGAGCAGACGAAGUCAUCAGGGGUUUCGGGGUCAGUGAGGAGGUUUAUACGCUUGGGAUUUCCUUGUUCGUGUUGGGAUUCGCCAUAGGCCCCCUACUCUGGGCACCUUUGAGUGAACUUUACGGACGACAAAUUCUUUUCACUACUACCUAUGCAGUCCUUACCGCUUUCAAUGCUGGUGCAGCCGGUGCACAGUCGAUGGCGACCCUCAUCGUCCUGAGGUUCCUAGCCGGCACUUUUGGGUCGUCUCCUCUCACGAAUGCCGGCGGUGUUAUUGCUGAUAUGUUCGAAUCUAGACAAAGAGGUCUUGGAAUGUGCAUUUUUGCAGCCGCUCCCUUCUUGGGUCCAGUAAUUGGACCCAUUGUUGGUGGCUUUGUAGGUGAGACGGUUGGAUGGAGAUGGAACGAAGGUGUCAUGGCUUGCUUCACCGGUGCACUGUGGAUCUUCGGUACCUUGACCAUCCCAGAGACCUAUUCGCCGGCCAUCCUUUCUCGUCGCGCGGCCAAGCUUUCCAAGAUGACGGGAAAGGUGUAUGUUUCGGUGUUGGAAAAAAGACAAGGCAAGACGACUCCAAAGGCUGCCUUCCAGAAGUCGUUGGCUCGGCCGUGGGUUCUACUAUUUAUGGAGCCGAUUGUGCUCCUCCUCUCCAUCUACAUGGCAAUCAUCUACGGCACUCUCUAUCUUUGUUUCGGAGCCUUUCCGAUCGUGUACCAAGAGGGCCGGGGAUGGUCGCCGGGCAUUGGCGGGCUCGCUUUCCUCGGUGUUGCCGUAGGGAUGUUGUUCGGCGUUGCUUACAGUAUUAUUGACAACAGCCGUUAUGCUAAGGUUGAGGACGAACAUAAUGGCGAAGCUCCUGCCGAGGCACGACUGCCUCCGGUAAUGGUGGGGUCCAUUGCUCUUCCGAUCGGCCUUUUUUGGUUUGCAUGGACAAACAGUCCUUCUGUUCAUUGGAUUGUCAGCAUAAUUGCCACGGCACCAUUCGGCUUCGGCAUGGUGUUGGUCUUCUUGGGUGGUAUGAACUAUCUUAUCGAUGCGUACACCAUCUACGCAGCAUCAGUUUUGGCGGCAAACUCGGUUCUUCGAUCCCUCUUCGGAGCCGCCUUUCCUCUCUUUACCUCACAAAUGUUCCAUAACCUGGGAAUUCACUGGGCUUCCUCAAUCCCUGCAUUCCUGGCGUUGGCCUGCACACCUUUCCCGUUUGUUUUCUACAAGUAUGGCGAGUCGAUCCGGAUGAAGUGCAAAUAUGCAGCUCAGGCGCACGAGAUCAUGGCACAGUACCGGAAGCAGCAGAAGAACAUCGAGGAAGAAGAACGUGAAGACGCCGAGGAAGAAGAGAAUGAGAAGGCCGGCCAGGCUGGCGACCGGGGUGUGAAUCGUCCGUCACAAGACACUCGUGCCAGCCAACGGCGAAGCAUGGCUCGCGUUAGUACGCAUGGGUCGCGACGGAGGAGUCAGGACGAGUUUGGCAGGGUGUACAGCCAUGCCAGUCAUCAAUAUUUCUAG